UAUGAAUAUCAUUACUAGACAAAAUCUAGUUAGGGGGUGGGGCACAAAUCCCUGCAGACAAAUUCAGAGGACAAAUUACAUGCAUUAGUUGGACAGCUCUGCUAGCUCAAAGAAAAGAACAAGUCUAUCUUGAAAUGGCUACCAAGAACAAUAGAGAUUUGCUUCUGGAGGUGAUCAUCAGUGGUACACGAGCUGGACUGGGAAUACGCAUCGUGGGGGGUAUCAACACGACCUCCAGUGACAAGUUUGGCAUAUUUGUGAAGGAGGUGAUCCAAGCUAGUCUGGCUGCCAGAGACGGUCGUCUCCAGAGAGGGGAUCAACUCAUUGAGGCCAAUGGGACCAACCUCGUCGGUGUCUCCAAUGAAAAGGCUGUGUCUACCCUACAAACCUGUGCUAAGACCAACACCAUCAAGCUGGUCGUCUCACGCAGUCCAACAUCACGAGAUGAGUUUAGAAGACUCUCGAGCUCAAUCCUAUUGCAGCCAGCACUCCCAACCACUCAGAACGCAGGAGCUGUCAGUGGACCAGUAGCCACAUCCACACCUCGUGAGAUAACAGAGCCACCUAAGAGCGUACGUGCCUCGGCUGCUUUCAGUGAUGGCACUGUGGCUACCAACACCCGACCAUCAUCAGCUUCCAGUAACCUCACACAAGUGACUACUGACCUUGACAGUGAGGAUGAUAUAGACAAACCAAUGAUCCAGAGACGUGUGGUCAGUAGUAGCUCUCCAGAGGUAGCCCUCAGCGAUGUGAUGGUGUCAGUACACGGCCGGAGUGUGAGUGACUCCUCUCCCCCGCCAUUACCCAACACUGACCCUCCAAUGUUUGAUGAGGACUCCAUCAUGGCGAGACAAAGACAACACUCUGCAGAGUAUCACAGGGCAACCCCUGAGGGCAGAGCAGUGUCUCCACCAUUGUCUGCUGGGCUAGCUACUCAUUCGUUUGUGAUACCCAAGGGUGGUGGUCUGGGGAUUGUGAUCGGGGGAGGGAUUAAUCGCCAAGAUGGACCUCACAUCUUUAUUGAGAAGAUCCUCGAUGGAAUGGCUGCUGCCAAGGAUGGACAGUUGAGGAAGGGAGAUCGAAUGCUCUCAGUGAAUGGGAUAUUGUUCAACAACAUGACGAGGGAGAAUGCUCUCACUACACUCACACAGCUCAAGAUCAGACCUCAGAUCAAGGCCUAUACUAUUGCUGUGGAGAGGCCCAGUGGACUUGUGCACUCUGGACUCCCUACUCCCACAAGAAACCAUAACUCAAUAUUCGACUCUGACACUCUACCAGUCACCAGCCAGUCAACAAGUAGAGUCACUGACACAGUGGACAACUCUUCACUGGAGGUAUCUACUAGAGGGGGUAGGGAUGAGUCACUUAGGAAGGGUCCUCCACAACGCUACCUUGCUAAGAAGGGCCAUGCUGAGGGGAGCAGGUAUGACUCACUGCACAAGCGGAUGUCCAUGGAACCAAGUGCUAGGGUCAAAUUAAACAAACUUGAGUGGGCGCUGAACUAUAUGGGUCACAUGACAACUGGUCAGCAGCAGGACGAGAUGAGAGAUAGGCUGGAUAUUGGCGAGGACGGCCGGGUCGUGUUUGCUGACUUCGUGACACUGGCUAGGGAAAUGUUUGCAUUCCAGCUUGAUGAUGCCCGUCUCGAGGCCAGCCUAGCAUAUGCUCUCACACAAAAGGACAGCCUGGAACUACCCUCACUGUCCAGAAAGGCUACCAGUGUAGAUCAUCUUGCUAUGGAGUACAGUCCCUUCCCCUCUCAACUUAAGCUAGCAGUGUCACAGCCUCACAUUGCUAGCCCUGGCACAGAUGAACUGGGCGCCAUGAGACAACAACUCCACGAUAUUGGACAACGUAGGGAGCGUUUGAAACUAUCCGACAGUGGACUCUCUGAACUCAGGGAGGCAGACCGACAGGAGCUAGUGAGUAGGUCCCCCGCUCCUCGUCAAGACUCAUACUCAGAGGACAGCCAGACUGUGCUGAAGAAGAGGGCUGCUCUGGCAGAGGCUGCAGCCAAGGCAUCACGAGAUAAGGCCAAUCAACUAGAGGAUGACAUGCGACGGAUGGCAGAUGAAUUGUCUGUACUGAGAGAGCAGCAGCAAGUGGAUAGGAAUGACGGUGAGACGAGAGGUCAUGUAUCGGCCCUCGAGUGUGAGCUACGGAAAGAGAAGGCAAUCUCGAAGCGCUUCCAAGUGGCCACUGAGCACCUGUUACAGUUUGUGGAGAACUGUCACGAGGCUCUCCUCAAGUCUCCUGAUGCUGACAGAAUAUUGUACCACCCACAUGGGGAGGGUGUGUCUGUUGCUAGGGGCGAUGCAGUGACGGGUAACCCCCGACCACCACAGUACUUGUCACGUCAUGCCAAGAUCACAGCCACUAGUUUAGCACAGGAGGCAAAGGAGACAGUGACAGCCGUGCAGAAACUGCUGCAGACCGACACUCUUCCAUUUGGAUGGGACACUGUGUACACUGAGGAUGGACACAAGUACUAUGUCAACCAUGAGACCAAGACCACCUCGUGGGUUCACCCGGUGACAAAGGUCAACACUAGCCACGGAACACGAGCCUCCACCCCCUCAUCACAGAGCUCUCUUCGUAGCAACCCACCAUAGCAACUGUUACCAUAUAUAGCUACAGAGGACACGCUUAUAACUGUUAUGUUAUUGUACGAACAAAACUUGUUUGACACUUGUUUUAGUUUUGUUAUAAAGA